ACUUGUGGAUACCAACUCAUUGAGUGCCAGAGUCCCCUGCUUCACCAGCAUUCUACAGUAGCUCUUACAUGUGUAUCUCGCCUGCUGAAUACUACGCACAGUUCUGCAAUGUUGCUGUUUGUCUUCACCUUGAUCAUCAUGACAGCUGUAAAGCCGUUGUUUUGUGAUCGCUGCCCUCGAGUCUGCAUCUGUGAUAACAUCAGAACGUUUGUGGCCUGUACAAACAAGAACCUGACAGAAGUCCCAGCCUCUAUCCCACAGUACACCCAAAAGUUGGAUCUCAGAGGAAAUGAUCUGAAGGUUAUUGCCAAUGGGGCAUUCUUAUCUGUACCAUAUUUGACACACCUAAGCCUUCAGAAAUGCAAUAUUGAAAGGAUUGAGGAAGGUGCUUUCCGAGGUCUUGGGCGAUUGAUUUACCUCAACUUAGGCUCUAACAAAAUCAGUUUCAUAUACCAGGAGUCAUUUGAUGGACUGUCAGCUUUGGAGCAGCUUGUCCUGGAAAAGAAUCGCCUUGAGGAGAUCAAGCCUGGGGCCUUUGGUCAAUUGGGUUUUUUGAACUUUCUUCAUCUUGGAGACAAUUUCCUUGUUUACUUGCCAGAUAUGUUAUUUCAAGGACUGCAGCAAGUUAAGUGGAUACGUCUCUCAAACAAUAUGAUUAACGUGGUAUCUAAUGAGGCCUUUGCAGCACUUCCAAACCUAAAGAGGCUUAGUUUGGAUCACAAUGAACUCCAGUACCUUCCAACCGAAGCACUUUUGAGAAUGUCUGGUCUGACUAGAUUGGAACUGGGAUGGAAUCCAAUGACUUUCAUUUCAGAGGAAGCUAUUCAGAUGGCAUCCCUCAAGCAGCUCUUUCUCAAUAGCAUGGCGAUACAGGAUGUGUCUUUCAAAGCUUUUGAAAGAAGCCCACAGCUAUCCCUUAUUGAUCUAAGUAACAACCAGAUAAGGACAAUACAGGUAUUAGCAGGUUUAGAACAUUUGAAUCGCUUGAACCUAACAGGAAAUGCCAUACGUUGCGAUUGUGAGCUGAGAUCUUUUAAGCGAUGGGCUGACGUAUCAAGGGUAAAAGUUGAUCUUAUUUGUGCUGGUCCAGGACAUUUUAGGGGAGAUCAUUUAGAUUCUCUGAGAGCCAUUGACCUGAAAUGUGGUAAUUUCCCAGAAGAAGAUUAUAAUCUACCCCCAAUAACUCCAAAACCGGAAGAGGAAAGUUCUUGCCCACAGGGGUGCGACUGUAAACCUGAUGUUAAACAUGUGCUCUGCGAAAAUAAAUUCCUCCAACAGAUUCCCAAGCGGUUUCCCGUUGACACAACCCUUCUAGAUCUGCGUAAAAAUGUUUUCAAUGCCAUACACAAAGGGGCCUUCUCAGAAAUGAAAAAUGUGGCAUCACUUCAUCUUCAAGAUUGCAAGAUUAAUGAAAUUCAACCUGGAGCUUUUGCAGGCAUGAAAAAUCUAGUUUAUCUCUACCUAUCGCACAAUCAUCUCUCGUCUAUUGACCCUGAAGUCUUCAGGGAUGCCCCAGUGAUUGGCUACCUUUACUUAGACCACAACAGAUUUACUAGGCUUUCAAAGGGGACCUUCAAAUUUCUUCCCAAUCUCUUUUCUCUCCACAUGCAGUACAACUCUAUCAGUUCACUCUCUGAUAACCUUAUGUCUGGGGCAGACAAGUUGCAUUGGGUCUAUCUGACAGGCAACAAUAUCAACUACAUUGCUUCAUCAGCCUUUAAAAACACCAAAGAUUUAGAAAAACUAUAUCUGGAUGAGAAUCUACUAAUGGAGGUGCCAACGCAAACUCUUAAAGGACUGCCUCUUCUAAAUGAGCUUAGGCUAUCCAAGAACCUCAUCAGAUCGAUUGGAAAUGGAGCUUUCUUACCAGUAUCUCGUUCACUACAGCACCUGUAUCUCAAUGACCUUGGCCUGGAACAGAUUUCUAGUGGUGGAUUUGCUGGACUGGGACAGGAAAUUAAAAGUCUUCAUCUAGAUAACAAUAAACUGCAGAACAUUCCCAACUUGAAGCCUUUCACUGGACUAGAAGUCAUAAAUUUAGCAAACAACCCCUUCAAUUGUGACUGCCGUCUGCUACACCUUCACAAGUGGAUCAACAGCCUAAAUCUAAAAGUGGGGGCAACAUGUGCCGCUCCAAGCAGUGCAAAGGGACAGAAGGUCAGAAAUGCACCAUUCUCAAAAUGCCCUGGAAAUGAUGCAGAAAAAACAAACAAGAAAAAGAGGUCACAGCAUGUUCCGAAAGCCAAUCAAAAAACUAAACGUGGCUGAAGCAGCAGAGGAACCUAUAUGGUCAUACUCAGUUAUAUUACAGCACAUUGUACAUCUCCUGCAUCUUUCACUGGUACUUAAUAGCAGCGUCAAAGCCCUUUACAAGGAGAAUUACUGCAUGCAGAAAACAAUGCGGAAGUGAACAAGACAGCGGGCUGGCUUUUCUAAACAUUGGAGGAGUCUGGGUAUUUUGUUAUGCUCAUAGCAGAUCAUUAAGUUUAACCCUUUCCUCAAAAGAUUUACUAGUUAGCAUCUUGAUCUGGAAGGAGAAAAAUGGCUUUCUAACUAAAAUAUGGCAAAAAUAGAUCAGGCUGUAGAUGAGAAACUUUAUUAUAUUACUUUAUUAAUGCCAGUAGCCAGUAUUCUCUCACUAGCUUAAGACAUCUAAGACAUCUUAUCUUCUCUUGAAGCUAUUUGUCUGCCAUUAGGAAGCAUCAAGGAAACUUCACAGUAAAAAACCCCCUUUCUGCACCUUCCUUCUUUCAGUGUAAAGGUAUGCCCUUGUGUCUUUCAUUAUAUUAGUCGGAGAAGCAAAGAUGCAGGGGUCAUCAGGUAGCAGAUUCAUGCAAGAAAAUGCAGUUUUGCACAAUAAUAUAAUAAUUAUCCAACCCAAAUCCAGCCUUAUAAUGUGUAUUUUGUUCUAUCAAGUUAUGGAUACAUUUAUAUAUUGUAUAUCUGGAAUUAGCAUAGUAUACUUUAACUUAAACAGUUGCUUUCAUUGAAACCUAACACUUUUGAUUUAAAUUGCACGCCAGCUUGUGGAUAAGGGGCUGUCAUUUUGAUAUUAAACCUUUAUUCCAUUUGUCAGUAUGAAACUAGUAUAGCCAGGCUGGCAUUUUAGUAUUUUGAUGUAGAAAGGGUCAUAAAAAGAUAUUGUUUAACAAAAAAAAAACUGCAUAAGUUAUGUUAUAUAUUUCUAAAUAGUGUGCUUGUUUUUUUUAUAUGUAUAGUUUUAUUAAAGGAACAAAACUUAUCUUAAAGGGCUGCUUUGUUGGUGAUAAAAAUGUUUUAGAAUGUCAGACUAUAUAUCCAUAUUCAAAGCAAAGUAUAGAUCUGUUUUGCCCAGUGCUAUUUGUUUUUAACAACAUUUUUCAUUGUAAUGCAUGUGGUAACGGCAAAACAGGAAAACUUAAUCUCUCCAUGACAACAGACAUUUCUUUACAUAGUAGAGCAAUACCUCCUUUAUAUUGUGCACUCCAUCAAAGCAGUGCCAUAUUGUAAUAGUUGUAACCUACUCAUUAUACCAGAAAUUUGUUUUAAACUGGAAAUAUACUUUGCCUACCUCUUCUUUUCAUGAGCAAAGAACUUCAACUGACUUUGUACUUUCCUAUGGAUAACACUGCCUAUUAAAAUGCAAUGUUUUCUUUGA